AUGAGCCCUGUGAUCUCCCAGCUGUGGCUUUGCUUCGACGUGUGUAAACAACAUGUUCCUAUGCUCGAUGCCACACAAGUCACUCGCCUCCACAAAACCCAUUCACCCACUCGUAAACACAAAACUCACUCGCCACCACAAAACCCACUCGCCACCACAAAACCCACUCGCCACCUCAAAACCCACUCGCCACCACAAAACCCACUCGCCACCACAAAACCCACUCGCCACCACAAAACCCACUGGCCACCACGAAAACCCUCUCGCCACCACAAAACCCACUCACCACGACAAAACCCACUCGCCAUACAAAACCCACUCGCCACCACAAAACCCUCUCGCCUCCACAAAACCCUCUCGCCACCACAAAACCCACUCACCACGACAAAACCCACUCGCCAUACAAAACCCACUCGCCACCACAAAACCCUCUCGCCUCCACAAAACCCUCUCGCCACCACAAAACCCACUCACCACGACAAAACCCACUCGCCAUACAAAACCCACUCGCCACCACAAAACCCUCUCGCCACCACAAAACCCUCUCGCCUCCACAAAACCCUCUCGCCACCACAAAACCCACUCACCACGACAAAACCCACUCGCCAUACAAAACCCACUCGCCACCACAAAACCCUCUCGCCUCCACAAAACCCUCUCGCCACCACAAAACCCACUCACCACGACAAAACCCACUCGCCAUACAAAACCCACUCGCCACCACAAAACCCUCUCGCCACCACAAAACCCUCUCGCCUCCACAAAACCCUCUCGCCACCACAAAACCCACUCACCACGACAAAACCCACACGCCAUACAAAACCCACUCGCCACCACAAAACCCUCUCGCCUCCACAAAACCCACUGGUGCCAGGAGUCCCCCCUCCCACUGCACCCUCAGCUCUACCCCCAGCUCCAGUAGUGCCGACGGUUGGGAUUAACAACCACGUGGAGAAAACAGGUGAUGAAGAUGAUGGUUGUAUCACAGUCGUUUCAAAGAAACUAAGGAAAACAUCAAGAGAGGAACGACAAACACCAAAGCCCUUAAUAGGAGCAGAUGGGCCCGAGACAGUAUACCUAUACAUCACGAGCUGUCAUCCAGACACUAAUGAAGAAGAUAUCGAAGAACACCUCUCGGAAAAUUUCGAAAACAUAUCUAGUGUAAAAGCUCACAAGACAAUUAUGAGCCACAAUUACUACUGUAGUUUCACGGUUACUGUGCGAGGCCGAGAAAUAAAGCCUGAACUGUUUUUAGACUCUGAUGCCUUCCCAAGGAAUGUCAAAGUGUUUUUAAACAGAAACAAGUACAACCGAGAUCAGAGGGUUUGA